AUGGAGGGGGGCAGGGGACCCAGACUCGGAGACUUCCUGAAUGGGAGCCUGGCAACCUGGGCUCUGGGAUUGGCAGGGCUGGUGGGGGAGGUGGAGGAGCCAGUAGGAACAGAGGAAGAGGAGGGAGAGGAGGAAGAAGGGCCCCUUUGCUCCCAGAAGAGGUUCCUGCGGUUGAGCGAUGGGGCCCUGCUCCUCCAAGUGCUGGACAUCAUUGUUCCCAGUUCCCGAGGGGGACCUCGCAUGGUCAUGGGCCGUGACAGCCCCGCAGCCUGGCGGGUGUGCAACCUGAAUCAUCUAUGGGGCCGACUGAGAGACUUCUACCAGGAGGAACUGCAGCUGCUGAUCCUGUCGCCACCCCCAGACCUCCAGACCUUGGGGUUUGACCCCCUUUCAGAGGAGGCGGUGGAGGAGUUGGAAAGCCUCCUUCGGCUGUUGUUGGGCGCCUCAGUGCAGUGUGGGCACAGGGAACUCUUCAUUCGCCACAUCCAAGGCCUUAGCCUUGAUGUCCAAAGUGAACUGGCCGCUGCCAUCCAGGAGGUGACCCAGCCUGGUGCAGGUGUGGUGCUGGCGCAGGCUGGGCCAGAGCCUGGAGAGCUGGGGACUUCGGAACUGGAGAUGCUGUCCAGGAGCCUGAUGGGGACACUGUCAAGGCUCCUCCGCGAGCGUGACCUGGGGGCGCAGAGGGUGGCUGAACUGCUCUUGGAGAGGGAGCUGGCCCCGUUGCCGCAGCAGCAGCAGCUGGAGGCUCCUGCGGAGGGUCCCUCGCAUCAUCUGGCGCUGCAGCUGGCCAAUGCCAAGGCUCAACUGCGGCGCCUGCGGCAGGAGCUGGAGGAGAAAGCUGAGCUGCUGCUGGACUCCCAGGCCGAGGUGCAGGGCUUGGAGACGGACAUUCGAAGGCUCCGCCAGGAGGUCCAGGCGCUGUCGGGACCAGCUAAGCGGGCCGAGCUGUACCGCGAGGAGGCUGAUGCGCUGCGAGAGAGGGUCAGCCGCCUGCCCCGCCUGCAGGAGGAGCUGCGGCGCUGUCGCGAGAGGCUGCAGGUGGCCGAGGCCUACAAGGGCCAGCUGGAGGAGGAGCGCGUGCUCUCAGGGGCCCUGGAGGCUUCCAAGGUGCUGUUGGAAGAGCAGCUGGAGGCUGCCCGAGAGCGCACAGCCCGGCUGCACGAGACCCAGCGUGAGAGCCUGCUGCUGCGGGCAAGGCUGGGCGAGGCCCAUGCGGAGCUGGACUCUCUGCGGCAUCAGGUAGAGCAGUUGGUGGAGGAGAAUGUGGAGCUGGAGCUGGAGCUGCGGAGGAGCCAGGAACCGCCCCCGGACUCCCCUGCAGAGGCCCCUUUACCAGGAGCAGUACCCUCGCUGCAGGAUGAGGUGAGGAAGGCGGAGGCUGGGCAGCUCCAGACCAUGGAACAAGAGAACCGGGAGCUUCGAAGCCUGCUGCAGGUGCUGCAGGGGCAGCUGGACAGCCAGAACUCCCUGCUGGAGGAGCCCAGUGAGGACUCAGCACCCCCUGUGCAUGAUGGGGCUCCCCGGACUCCCCUGCUUCCAGACUGCAGUCCCCAAUUCUUGGCUUGCCGGGUGGGGGAUGAUGGCUCGGAGACCCUGGAGUCUGAUACCAACAGGUCAUCUGAGUGUCUCCAGGCACCCGAUACACACCCAGAGCUGGUGGAGAGAUCCCUUCAAAUGGAUGCCCUGGACCCCCAGACCUCAGCCCUACCUCUGCAAGACUUAGACCCUGUUGUGGAGACACACGGGUCCCUGCAGAAGGCUAGCUACAGAGGCCGUCUCCAGGUCUCCACCUCCAUGGCCUCACCACAGGGUCCAGAGAUCAGAACUCAGGUGCAGCAAUUGCUGGGAGGAGAGACUGAGGGCAGGGAGACUCCCCAAAGGGAGUUGGGGCCCAAGACCCAAAUCCUGAGACAGGAGGGCCCUGAGCACAGGCCAGGACUCUCAGAGCUCAGCCACCUGGUGCCCCUGGAGGAACCGGAGACCCUUGGCCAGAGGCUGGACUUGUCUAAGCAACAGACAGAGGCCAGAGGGCAUGAACAGAGGCCAGAGGGUAUGGGUAAACAGGCCCUGCAGAAACCACAGCCUGAGUCAGAAGGAGCUCCUGAUGCCCAGAAUUGGAAAGAGCCAAUCCCGAUCCCAAGGGAAACCCUGGCCAGCCCUGUUGCAGAGGAGCAGGUCCUCAGAGAGGAGGUGGCACAGCUGAGGAGAGAGGUGGUGGCCCUUGGUGCUGAGUUGGAAGCCCAGGCCCGAAGGCUGGAAGCUCGAGGUGCAGAGGCUGCCCGCCUUUCCGAGGAGUUGGCCCAAGCACGGAGGGCAGAGGCCCAGGCCCACCAGGAAGCAGAAGCCCAGGCGCAGGAGCAGGCUCGACUGCGAGAAGCAGUGGACACAGCUGGCCGGGAGCUGGAGGCCGCAUCGCGGGAGCGGGAUGCCCUGGCGGAGGCGCUGGCAGCAGCAGGCCGGGAGCGGAGGCAGUGGGAACGUGAGGGGCCCAGGUUACGAGCCCAGGUGGAGGCUGCUGAGCAGCGGGUGCAGGUCCUGGAGGGCGAGGUCUGCAGUCACCAGGACAAGGCCGAGAGGGAGCAUCAGGAGAAGCAAGCCCUCAGGGAGGAGCUGGAAAAGGCAGUGGUGCGGGGCAAGGAGCUGGGGACCCGGCUGGAGCAUCUGCAGCGGGAGCUGGAACAGGCAGCCCUGGAGCGGCAGGAGUUCCUCCGAGAGCAGGAGAGUCAGCACCAGAGGUACCAGGGUCUGGAGCAGCGCCUGGAAGCUGAGCUGCAGGCAGCAGCAACCAGCAAGGAGGAAGCACUGAUGGAGCUCAAGACCCGAGCCCUGCAGCUGGAAGAGGAGCUGUUCCAGCUUCGUCAUGGCCCUGUGGGACUGGGAUCAGAGCGGCACAGUGAGCCUCAGACCACGGAGACCCAGAGCGGGCGGCUCAUUGAAGUGGAGCGGAGUAACGCGACCCUGGUGGCUGAGAAGGCGGCUUUGCAGGGGCAGCUGCACAACCUGGAGGGGCAGCUAGGGAGCCUGCAGGGCCGGGCGCAGGAGCUCCUGCUUCAGAGCCAGCGGGCGCAGGAGCACAGCAGCCGCCUCCAGGCUGAAAAGUCUAUGAUGGAGAUGCAGGGCCAGGAGCUACACAGGAAGCUGGGGGUGCUGGAGGAGGAAGUGAGGGCAGCCCGGCAGGCCCAGGAGGAGACCCGGGGGCAGCAGCAGGCUCUGCUUCAUGACCACGAGGCCCUCGCCCAGCUGCAGAGACGGCAGGAGACGGAGCUGGAGGGGCUGCUGGUGCGGCAUCGAGACCUCAAGGCCAAUAUGCGUGCGCUGGAGCUGGCCCACCGAGAGCUGCAGGGCCGGCAUGAGCAGCUGCAAGCCCAGCGGGCCAGCGUGGAGGCGCAGGAGGUCGCCCUGCUGGCAGAGCGUGAGCGCCUGAUGCAGGAUGGGCAUCGGCAGCGGGGCCUGGAGGAGGAGCUGCGGAGGCUGCAGAGCGAGCAUGACAGAGCUCAGAUGCUGCUGGCUGAGGUAUCCCGGGAGCGAGGGGAGCUGCAAGGCGAACGUGGGGAGCUGCGGGGCCGCCUGGCACGGCUGGAGCUGGAGCGGGCACAGCUGGAGAUGCAGAGCCAGCAGCUGCGUGAGUCCAACCAGCAGCUGGACCUGAGCGCUUGCCGGCUGACCACACAGUGUGAGCUACUGACCCAACUGCGCAGCGCCCAGGAGGAGGAGAACCGGCAGCUGCUGGCCGAAGUACAGGCCCUGAGCCGGGAGAACAGAGAGCUGCUGGAGCGCAGCCUGGAGAGCCGGGACCACCUGCAUAGGGAGCAGCGAGAGUACCUAGACCAGCUUAAUGCCCUGCGCCGUGAGAAGCAGAAGCUGGUCGAGAAGAUCAUGGACCAGUACCGGGUGCUGGAGCCUGGGCCUCUGCCCCGGACCAAGAAGGGCAGCUGGCUGGCAGACAAGGUGAAGAGGCUGAUUCGGCCCCGGCGGGAGGGAGGCCUCCAUGGGGGACCACGCCUGGGGGCCGAUGGGGCUGGCAGCACCGAGAGCCUGGGGGUUCCCCUGGAGACGGAGCUCCCCGAGGGCAGGGAGGCGGAUGGGACAGGGUCCCCGUUACCGGCACCCAUGCGCCGGGCCCAGAGCUCUCUCUGCCUGUGCGAAGAGACCCUGGCAGGUAGGCAGCGGCGGAAGCUCAGUUCGAGGUUCCCAGUGGGGCGAAGCUCUGAGUCAUUCAGCCCUGGGGACACUCCCCGGCAGCGGUUCCGACAGCGCCGACCAGGCCCUCUGGGAGCCCCCAGCAUCCACAGCAAAGGAUCUGGCGUGGAGUGGGACGGAUCUGUCGACACCCUCUCAGAACAUGAAGCAGAUGGCAAGGGAGAGGGCAUCCAGGAGCAGGAACCGGAGAGGCAACCCCUCACGCCCUCCCUCAGCCAGUGACAUGGGGACAGAGGGCCUGGCAGUGCAGUCUUCUCACCACCGCCACCUCUGGAGCAUCAGUGGGGCCCCCAGAGGGAGUCAGGGACCCCAAGGGGAGUCCUUGAACGAAGAGACCUUUGUCCCCAGGACCUCCACAGCCUGCACUGGGACCCUGAGAUGGAACUGUGACAGACUUGUGGACAGGUGGGAUGGCUAUCCUCAAAAGACGUCUUCUGGCCGGGGCUUUGGCUUCCCCACAUGGCCAUCAGUGAGGAGGCGAUCACUGGGAGAUCCCCCAGCUGAAGGAGGCUGGCAGGAACCGGCAAGAAAGCACCUUGCUGGGUCCACAUGGGGACCCAAGGCACAUUUCCAAGAGGCCUGGGCUGAUGUCUGAUCCUUAUUUGGGACAUGAGAAUAAAGGUGCAACCUAUUGAA